CGCACUCGGGUUCUCAGAGACGACCCUUUCAUUUGGCUUUGAGUCCAAUACGUGUCCGCUACCAAUGGACAGGUAUUACGGUUUGCAGUGCAAUAACCGUACAGUAGAACCCAUUAAACACUAACACAACCACUCCCGACACCAUUCCUCAUGACUUGACAAUGACUGACAAUCUAUGCUGUGAUCCAUCAGUUGAUUGCGACGAACCGCCCAUCAUUGGCGACCCCUGGAGUGCAAGCAUUCCUCCGAAUCUGGACUAUAUAUUGCGGAUCGAAGAGGGAGUCGUUCGCGUCUACAAAGGCAAAGACGAUCUCCAAGACGGGCGACAUGCUCCCUAUCCCGUGACGACAUUCAACCACUUCAUCGAUGACAUGAAGUUCUUGUGCCGCACCAUAACCGACGGACCGCUCAAAUCGUUUUGCUUCAAACGAUUGGCGUAUUUGUCGCACAAAUUCCAACUCCACGUCCUGUUGAACGACUUGCAAGAGCUGAAGGCCCAGAAGCAGGUGCCGCAUCGGGACUUUUACAACGUACGCAAAGUGGACACUCACGUGCACGCGGCCUCCUGUAUGAACCAAAAACAUUUGUUGCGAUUCAUUAAGAAGACCAUCAAAACGAGGAAAGACGAUAAGGUAUGUCUGGACGGCACCGGCAAAGCACUGACAUUGGAACAGGUGUUCAAUUUACUGCAACUCACAUCCUAUGACCUGAGCGUUGAUAUGUUGGACGUUCACGCCGACAGAAACACGUUCCACAGGUUCGACAAAUUCAACACC